UUUCAUUCCUUUCAACUUCCAAUAUGAUGAUUUAGAAAUUUGUUGAUUUAUUGGGUUUUCAAAUGUUCUCUUCUUGCACCCUCAAGAAUCUAAUUAUGAGCACUACCUGUACUACAUUAUCAUCCCGAUUUUCCUGAUUUGUGUCCUCGUCGCUGGAAUGGCUUUCUUCUGUUUUAACAAGAGACGAAACAUUGACAGACUUGGAAACGGAGUCCUUUACGCGUCUGUUAACCCAGAGUACUUCAGCGCAGCAGAAAUGUAUGUGCCGGAUGAAUGGGAAGUGGAGCGAGAGAAAAUCACCAUGUGCCGAGAGCUUGGACAAGGAUCCUUUGGUAUGGUGUAUGAGGGUAUCGCCAAAGGUGUCGUCAAAGAUGAGCCGGAAACCAGGGUGGCCAUUAAAACAGUCAACGAAUCGGCUAGCUUACACGAGCGCAUAGAGUUCCUCAAUGAAGCCUCUGUUAUGAAAGAGUUCAACUGUCACCAUGUGGUGCGUCUGCUAGGUGUAGUUUCGCAGGGUCAGCCCACCCUGGUGAUCAUGGAGCUGAUGACACGAGGAGAUCUGAAGAGUUACUUGCGUUCACUUCGAUCCGCUGAGAACACCUCCAGCUUGCCUUUGCCGCCGUUGAAGAAGAUGAUUCAGAUGGCGGGAGCGAUCGCGGAUGGCAUGGCUUACCUCAACGCCAACAAAUUUGUUCACAGAGACUUGGCAGCAAGGAAUUGCAUGGUGGCAGAGGAUUUUGCUGUCAAAAUUGGUGAUUUUGGCAUGACACGGGACAUUUAUGAGACCGAUUACUACAGAAAAGGAGGCAAGGGACUGCUGCCUGUGCGCUGGAUGUCUCCAGAGUCCCUCAAAGAUGGAGUAUUCACCACCAUGUCUGAUGUCUGGUCCUUUGGGGUGGUGUUGUGGGAAAUAGCCACGCUUGCCGAGCAGCCCUAUCAGGGCAUGUCCAAUGAGCAGGUACUGCGGUUUGUCAUGGAGGGAGGACUGCUAGACAAACCUGACAACUGCCCUGACAUGCUGUUUGAACUGAUGCGCAUGUGCUGGCAGUACAACCCCAAAAUGCGGCCGUCCUUCCAGGAGAUCAUCAGCAGCAUCAAGGAUGACCUGGAGGCGGGAUUCAAGGAGACGAGCUUCUUCUACAGCGAGGAGAACAAACCUCCGGACACGGAAGAGCUGGACAUGGAGAACGUGGGAACCAUGGAGAACGUUCCUCUGGAGCCGUCCUCCAGCCUGCAGCCCCUCGCUCCCUCUCUGGCCUCCACUCAACAGUGCGCCCCUGCGUCCCAGGGCUCCUCCACCUCGGCCGGCCCGUCCUCGCCGCCUUCCUCCCCCAGCUCCACGGACAAGCACCCGCUCCCCGCGUCUGCGGCAAACGGGCCCUCGAUGGUUCUCCGGAGCCCGUUUGACGAGACCCAGCCUUACGCUCACAUGAACGGGGGCCGUAAGAACGAGCGUGCCUUGCCUCUGCCCCAGUCGUCGGCUUGCUGAUCGACGGUUUCUGGACACGUCUCUGUCUGUCAAGCCACUGUGUGGUCUCCUGAGAAGAAAUAUGAAGUUAAGAGACAAGGAAAGACAAAAUGGUACAAACUGAGAGUCCAGGCAAUCAAUCUUUUCAAUCAUACCUCAACGGACAAAGUUUGGAUUUCUUUGUUUUUUGUGUAUUUCGAUUGAAUCGUUGAAUUGAUUGAUAUGAACUCAUUUGUUAUUUCCGCAGAUUGGAUCACUGACUGAAAAACCAUGACCUUCACUCUCGCACUCGAUAGGCUGACUGUUUUUGUUACGUUUUGUUACUUUUCUAAACUUCCAAAACUGGUUUGAAGGCCUGUUAGAGCCAGUAGUGGUACGGUGGCAUUAUUACGGCACGCUCUGCAUAUCUCGAAGCGAAUCCAACAGCGAAGCACUUGUUCUUGUCUUUGUUUCCAAAGACGUGCGUCUAAAUUAGAGAUGUUUUUUCUUCCGCUCGUCUUAGAAGAUCGUUCCCAUGACCCAACUCAGAUCUGGGUACUGAGAUCUUCGGCUUCCGUUUUCUCCAAAUCAUCUGGCUGCGCAACAUAGUGGAGAAGAAAUUCUCAAAUCUGCCAAAUGUCUUUCUUUUCUUUUUUCUUUUAUGUUGCCAAGUUGUCGUUUAAUUCCCCUUGCAUCCAUAUUCCUCAAAAUACAUACGACAGUUUUUGACCCUGGUGAUCCAAACCUGCUUAAAGGAAUAAUUCACCCAAAAAUGCAAAUUUACAAAAUAUUUACUCACCCUCAGGCCAU